UGUGGUGGUUGUGGUGGUGGUGGUUGUUGUUGUUGUUUACCGAGGUAGAGCCUCGCUCUCUCUCGUAGGGAUGUCAUUUGGGUAUCAGCGAGCAUGGAAGCGAUGUCCAGGCCAAGCCCGCUUGAGCUGCUAUACCUCUCUUGUCUUCAGAAGCGACCUUCCCACAACAACAAGCUGUCGCUGCCUCUGCAGAAUUGGUCUGAUGGAGCAAAGGCACUCGGCGCAGCUCGGUGCGACAAGGCAACAAUGCGACCAGUGUGCAUACAGCACGGAUAGUCCUGGACAUUUGAAACAGCACCAGAGAACUCACAUGGGAGAGAAACCCUUCAAGUGCAGUGUGUGUGGGAAGGCGUUUGCACUUUCAUCUACUCUUGUAGAACACCAGAGAACCCACACGGGAGAUAAACCCUUCAAGUGCAGAGUGUGUGAGAAGGCGUUUGCACAGUCAUCUACUCUUGUAGCACACCAGAGAACACACACGGGAGAGAAACCCUUCAAGUGCAGUGUGUGUGGGAUGGCGUUUGCACAGUCAUGUGCUCUUGUAAUACACCAGAGAACACACACAGGAGAGAAACCUUUUAAGUGUAGUGUGUGUGGGAAGGCGUUUGCACAGUCAUCUGCUCUUGUAAUACACCAGAGAACACACACGGGAGAGAAACCCUUCAAGUGCAGUGUGUGUGGGAAGGCGUUUGCACAUUCAUCUACUCUUGUAGAACACCAGAGAACACACACGGGAGAGAAACCCUUCAAGUGCAGUGUGUGUGGGAAGGCGUUUGCACUUUCAUCUACUCUUGUAAUACACCAGAGAACACACACAGGAGAGAAAGCCUUCAAGUGCAGUGUGUGUGGGAAGGCGUUUGCACAGUCAUCUCCUCUUGUAAAACACCAGAGAACACACACGGGGGAGAAACCCUUCAAGUGCAGUGUGUGUGGGAAGGCGUUUGCACAGUCAUCUCCUCUUGUAGCACACCAGAGAACACACACGGGAGAGAAACCCUUCAAGUGCAGUGUGUGUGGGAAGGCGUUUGCACAUUCAUCUACUCUUGUAACACACCAGAGAACACACACGGGAGAGAAACCCUUCAAGUGCAGUGUGUGUGAGGAGGCGUUUGCACAGUUAUAUGCUCUUGUAAUACACCAGAGAACCCACACAGGAGAGAAACCCUUCAAGUGCAGUGUGUGUGGGAAGGCGUUUGCACAGUCAUCUGCUCUUGUAGAACACCAGAGAACACACACGGGAGAGAAACCCUUCAAGUGCAGUGUGUGUGGGAAGGCCUUUGCAAAGUCAUCUACUCUUGUAGAACACCAGAGAACACACACGGGAGAGAAACCCUUCAAGUGCAGUAUGUGUGGGAAGUCGUUUGCACAGUCAUCUACUCUUGUAACACACCAGAGAACACACACGUGCGGGAAGGCGCAACAAUGCGACCAGUGUUCAUACAGCACGGAUCGUCCUGGACAUUUGACACAGCACCAGAGAACUCACACAGGAGAGAAACCCUUCAAGUGCAGUGUGUGUGGGAAGGCGUUUGCAAAGUCAUCUCUUGUAGAACACCAGAGAACACACACGGGAGAAAAACCCUUCAAGUGCAGAAUGUGUGGGAAGGCAUUUGCACAGUCAUCUACUCUUGUAGCACACCAGAGAACACACACGGGAGAGAAACCCUUCAGGUGCAGUGUGUGUGGGAAGGCGUUUUCACAGUCCUCUAGUCUUGUAACACACCAGAUAACACACACGGGAGAGAAACCCUUCAAGUGCAGUGUGUGUGGGAAGGCGUUUGCACGGUCACAGGCUCUUGUAAAACACCAGAGAACACACACGGCAGAGAAACCCUUCAGGUGCACUCCGUGCGGGAAGGCGUUUGCACUUUUAUCAAAUCUUCAUGUACACCAGAGAACAAACAGGCAUCAGAAGAUCCACAAGGAGUGGAGUCUGAAAUCAGCUUGUGAAAGUCAAAGUGCUGCAAUGAGCCCAUCCCUCAUUAAACAAGAACCGGAAGAAAAUCCCAGCUUGGACACUUUUAAAGGUAUCGAGGUGAAAUAUGAAGUGGUGGAGGUGAAAUAUGAAGAGGUGAUGGUGAAGAGCGAAGAAGUGAAGGUCAAGUGUGAAGAUGAAGAUUCAAUUCUAAAAUCGGACCUUCACAUCGAUGGAGGCAACGUGAUGCAGGAGGAUAAUUCUGACUGAGUCAGAGCGUGGCAACUCCCAGCAGUUUGUGGAAGUGGAGGUGUGGGUGGACUUCCUCCGAGACAAUACGAAGUCAAAUGGAGACCCGGUAGAUGUGUAAGCUUGAGACGAUGUCGUUCCAAUAGAUGCACUUUUGUCACAGGCCUUUAAUGACAAGAAUGUGAAGUUGAACACUCAAUUCCUAGUUGCAACCUGCAGGGUAAGAGCGGCCAGUCUUUGUGGACCUGUGGGUUGCGUAGAUCUCUAACCGGGAAUGAGAGCCAAUAAGUUCCCAAGCAUUCACUAUGUUAUAAUUGCAUUUAUAUGGUGCUUGCUUAAUCGCCUCUGGCAAUUCGGGUAUUUGUAUCGUAUCUUGUCUCAAACACUCGAGCAUCCCCAAGUAGCAGCUGCCCCUGUGUUGCACAAGGUGGUGGCCCUGCACCUGUGACCCAAAAAAGAUCUCCAAAAUCCUGAACAAACAAGAUACAGGUCCGAUUCAACACAGUACAUAACAUCCGUGAUCUGGUCCCGUCUGUAAACGAUGUGGUUCCAGACAUACAAUACCCGGGCGUCUACAAACCAAGUUGCCUCUGUGGUAGCAGUUACAUUGGAGAAACCAAACAACAUGUCUCGGACCGAAUCUGUGAACAUAAAGCAGACCUGAAAUACGGUAGGACGAACACCUCAGCCUUGGCAGAUCACUUAUAAUUCAGUGGGUUCAUAUGACAUUCACUUCUCCAAGACGGAGGUUCUCUGCAAGCCACCCGGCUACUAUGAGAGAUUCGUUCACGAGGCAAUCCACUUUCAAACAGAGACAAUUGCAACCGAGAAGAUGGAUUCUGGCUCGGCAAUCAUUGGAAGGACGUGAUAAACAAUUUCGGGUCUUGAUUGAUUUUAUUUUACGGUGACUUUUAGACUGCAGUCCAUUCGCUGGCAUUGCCUCUUAGUACCUUUUACGCGACGGUCAAUGGUAUGGUUUAUAGCAGAUUGUAUAAUAAUAAAUAGUAUAACAGUGUAAUGUUUAAUAUAAUUCAUGAGGUAAUAUAUAGUAUCGUAAUUGCAUAGUGAAUAUACAGCAGUAUGGUAUACAGUAGGGUUGGUAGAAUAAUACAUAGUGUAAUAUUACAAGUUUAAUAUUAUAGUCUAUGCCAGGCGAGGUAGUUAACAUCUCGGCACCACGGCGCCCCCCUAUCCUGGUUAUCCCAGGAUCAUGCACGUGUUGAUAUAGCUGUUGUCCUGGGAAAUAUUUAAUUCUCCCUGGGACAUGAAAUGUUCUGUAAUGUGGUGGUUGUGUAAUGAUACACCACUCAACAUUACAUUUACGUGUAGUUCGCCCAUUUUUCCAGCAUUAUGAGAGGAUGUCUACCAAGGAUCGACGGAAUCGGCUGGGAUGCUCGUGCUAGCUUCACUAUUGCAUUGUUGAGUAGUGGGAGAUAUGACUGCAGCUUGGGGAGGAUUUCAUCCAGCUGUUGAUUGAUAAUGGCUGAUUAUGGUAAUUUACUAUGGUUGGUUUAUUUAUCCUGAAGUUUUAUGUAACGUUUUGAUAAAUUUGGCUCGUUUUUUAAUAGCAUAAAUUCCUCAUUAAAAACGUACCAAGAGA